GGGGGUGCGGUCUUUCCUGUAGCCGAGAACGGAAGCGGAAAUUCGGCCAUCUCCUCGUACAUUCAAGCUACAACAGGUUUUCAUCUCCCUACGGCCCAAGGUUUUGGGACCAAAUGUUGUCACAGGAAGAAAAAGGCAAACUGAGACAUAGCACUCCGUGAAUGAGUGGCUCACAGUCACAAGCCAGAAAAACGAAAAGAAAGCAAGAGGAGAGCCCCUCAUUCUGCAUCCUUCUUGUGUAACAGUUCAGAUUGCAGCAGGACUCGGCGGCCAGACCGUUGCCAUGUCGACCUCAUCGCUACGGCGACAAGUAAAGAACAUCGUCCACAACUAUUCAGAGGCUGAAAUCAAGGUUAGAGAGGCGACGUCCAAUGACCCCUGGGGCCCCAGCAGCUCUCUGAUGUCAGAGAUUGCUGAUCUGACCUACAAUGUUGUGGCCUUCUCGGAAAUCAUGAGCAUGGUGUGGAAGCGCCUCAAUGACCACGGCAAGAACUGGAGACAUGUGUACAAGGCUAUGACUCUUAUGGAGUACCUGAUCAAGACGGGUUCAGAACGUGUUGCUCAACAGUGCCGAGAGAACAUAUACGCAGUCCAGACCCUCAAGGAUUUCCAGUUUAUAGACAGAGACGGCAAAGACCAGGGGGUAAAUGUUAGAGAGAAAGCCAAACAGCUGGUGACACUGCUAAAAGAUGAAGAGAGACUAAGAGAGGAAAGGAUCCACGCCCUCAAAACCAAAGAGAAGAUGGCACAAACCUCCAGUGGUGAGAUUGCCUCCUCAGCUCCCUCAGCACCCAGCUUGGGAGGCAGCCUGUCAGCGGGCUCCCACUCUGGGGGGGCCGACCCUGAGCAGGCGUGGCCCCAGAGCACUGGAGAGGAAGAUCUGCAACUCCAGCUGGCUCUGGCCAUGAGUAAAGAAGAGGCAGAGCAGACUAACAAGGACCCUCUGGAGGACGCAGAGCUCAGCUAUGCUAUCACGCUCAGCAAAGAUGCGCAACAAAAGGAAGAGCGACUGCGCAGAGGAGACGACCUGAGACUGCAGAUGGCCCUGGAGGAGAGCAGGAGGGAAAAGAAGAAACCGGAGGAGGUGUGUGUUCAAAGUGUCUCUACGUCUCUCACUCUCCUGACAUUACCUCCUCUAUCUGUGUCUCUCUCAGUCCCCCCAAAUGAUUGUAACUGUUGUGUUAAUGGUGGUUUAGACCGUCCCUUGAGGUUAUCCCCCUUACUCCCCACCUCCGGCUCCCCAGGCGUCUCCGAGUUUCCCGGGGGCCGUCGUGGGGCGCCGUGGGGGUCCCGCAGCUCGGACGUGGAGUCGGGAGCUGUGACCCCCCCCAGUGCCGAUCCCUGGGGCCCCCCGGUGCCACCCAGCACAUCCUCCUCGGGGGGGCCCGUAGACCCCUGGGCAGGUGAAGGGGCUCUCCCUGCCUCUGACCUUAUAACCUCCGACAUCUGGAGUGGCACCGCCCUACACACAAACGGCACAGGAGACCCGGAGCGACGGGGGUCCCCGGCAAUAGGCUGUAACAGCACAGGCUCUCCGGUGCCCUUUGACCUGUCAUCUCUUGGUUCUUCACUUCCUGUUCGUAAGACUCCCGAGUCCUUCCUCGGCCCCAACGCAGCGCUGGUGGAUCUCGACUCUCUCUUGUCAUCUAAACCCAAACCCAAACAGCCACCGCCCCCUUCCAUCUCUUCCUCUUCAGCGCACAACCCCUUCCUCCAGAACACAGGCUCAUCUCCUGCUCCUGGCAUGGCAGUGACUCCAGGCAGCACCAUUUCCAGUCGGGGGGUUUCUCCAAUACCUGCCUGCUCCAACCCGUUUGGCGUGGCCCCCCCCAUGAGCUCCAUCUCACCUCAGCCCUCCUCACUUGGCCUGAGCCUCCGCUCCAGUCCUGUGCCCCUCAACCCCAUGCUGAGCAUGAUGCAACCAGGAAUGGGCAUGGGGCCAAUGACUGUGGGUAUGGGGGCUCCAGGGAUGGGCAUGGGCAUGAUGCAGGCCAGCCCCAUGGGCAUGCCCUUCAGCGGCCUCUCGCCUAUGGCCCCCCCAGGCUCGGUUUUUAUGGGGCACGGAGGCGGACCACCUCCUCAGCUGAUUUUGGGUGGGCCAAGUGGAUCCGGAGUGAUGGGGGCAGGAGGGUCAGUGGGAGGCGGAGGAACGACGGGAGCGAGCACCAACCCUUUCCUUCUUUGAGGAAGUGUCACCACUACUUUGCUCACCAGUUUCAACCUCCCCUGUCGUACCUGCUGCCCCCUUCACCCCCACCCCCUCAACACAGUUUGUGUCCAAAAAGAAAAAUGUGUACAUUUCUAUAUUUAAAGAAAAAAACUAAAAAUUUAAAAAUUAUGUUUAUCUUUUCCUUCAAAAGCAUUAUUUCAUUUCAGAAUAAUUUUCCACAUUUAGUUUCUUUCAUUACAGUAUGGGUUGUUUGUGGGCGGGAAAUAGAGAUCUAUUUAUUUUAGUUUUAAUCCUGUGCCGUUCUGUAGCGUUCUUCAUGUUGUGUUAUUUUCAGUCCUGUCUUGAGAUGAAGGUAAGUCUGUGAGCAGAGGCGUUUUCAGUAGUAUCACUCUGUAAUGUUACUGCACUGAGAGAGAGCUGGAGAGAGAGCAGACAUAGCCACUAACAAACUGAGAAACUGUUGCACCUCUCUCUCUCAAUAGAAUGAAGAUAAACACUGAAUCACUAAAAGGAAAAAUGUGCAUGAAGGAUGAUUUUUAAUUAACUCCAAUACAGACUGGAAAUCCUGCAUUAGCAUUUCAGGCACAAUGUGGUCAAAUUGUUUCAACUCUUUUACUUUUAAUUUAAUAUUAAAUGUAAUUUAUUUUGUUUCCAAUUUUUGGGAACAAAUUAACAAGAAAAUCACACGAUGAUGCCAUUUAAAUCAAAUGCUUAUUUUUUCCCUUCAUAUUAUUGGAGAAAACUAAAGAGAGCUCUGACCUCUGUGGUCUGAUGGGCGAAGUGAUGGGAUGUUUGUUGAAUGUGUGUGUUUGCAGCCAGGUGCGAAUGAGAAAAUGAAUGCUCAUUUGUGAGUAUGCAAUAGUGCAAAUGCCUGUUUCUGUGUAUAUGUGUCAAUAUCUGUCUCCAUUCUUAUUUCAGUGACUCAGAAAGAAAGAAAUGACAUCCAUUAUUUUUGUUUUAAAAAAUUGUCACUUGUAUUAAUACUAUGUAAUGUUGGGAUUUCAGAUGAGGUAUAAGGGUCACACAUUUCUCUGCCAAUCAUAUUUCACUUUUUUGUUUGUUAAUCAGAAGCAUUAGUUUUUCCAAUCACACAUUUCAUAUGGGACCCCUGGUGUCCAGGUGUCCCAGAGCUACACUGUCCACCCGUUUCAGCCCUGUCUUCGGAGAGGGAGAGUACUGAUGCUUCUUAAAAAAAAGACAAUUAUUUCAAUGAAUGAAAGAAAAAAACUUGGACUUGACGACAUGCUCCAUGCUGUUCUUUUAAUUUAGUUUGAAUUAAUUGUUAUUUUAUAUCAACAAGAAAAAUAUCUUUUAUUGGGUAAGGUUGACUUUUGUGUGGUGAUGACUGAACAUUCACAUUUGAAAAGUAAAAUGGAAAAAAAA